UUUUCUUCAUCAUUCACUUCAGUCUCAACUCUCAAAAGAAAAAAAAAUUAAGAGAAAGAUGGAUCGCAGAAGCGCGUUUGCCGUUGCAUUGAUUUGCAUUGUGGUAGGUGGUGUCAGCGCCCAAGCUCCGGGCGCAGCGCCCACUAAAGCUCCACCGGCAGCGACUACGCCUGCUACUGCUCCCGCCACUGCUCCAGUUAGUAAACCUAAAACUCCCGCUCCAACCGCUGCUCCUUCGACUUCUCCACCAACUUCUUCACCACCGUCUGCAGCUCCGAAGAAGUCAGCAGCAGCUCCGGCUCCAUCUAAAUCUGCUCCGGUUUCUUCACCACCGGCUGCUACACCCGAAAGUUCUCCACCGGCUCCAGUCCCUGUGAGCUCACCUCCAGCCAAAUCUCCCCCCGCUGCUACACCGACAACUCCUCCAGAGAGCUCCGCCUCUCCUCCUGCUCCUGUUGCGGCACCAACCACCGCUGAGGUUCCUGUACCUGCUCCGAGCAAGAGCAAGAAGUCUAAGAAACACAAUGCUCCUGCCCCUUCACCUGAUCUACUUGGACCUCCAGCUCCACCUACUGGAGCUCCCGGACCUAGCAUCGACGCUUCCUCUCCCGGCCCUUCUGUCGCUGCGGAUGAGAGUGGAGCAGAGACAAUGAAGAGCGUGCAGAAGAUAAUAGGAGGAUUGGCGUUGGGAUGGGCGGCCAUUGCAUUGAUCUUCUAGAGAGGGAGCGAUUUGGAUCUGAUGCUGCUUUAUUUUUAUUUUAUUUAUUUAUUU